AUGGGUGUUCCUAAAUUCUUCAGAUGGAUGAGCGAGAGGUAUCCGGCAAUAUCUCAACUCAUAGCGGAGAACCGGAUACCUGAAUUUGACAAUCUCUACCUCGACAUGAACGGCAUCAUACACAACUGUACCCACAACGAUUCAGAUUCGCCUACAUAUCGCAUGACCGAGGAGAAGAUGUUCAUUGCUAUUUUCAACUACAUUGAACAUCUAUUCGGCAAGAUCCGGCCAAGAAAGUUGUUUUUCAUGGCGAUUGAUGGUGUUGCUCCUCGUGCCAAGAUGAACCAGCAGCGAGCUCGCCGAUUCAGAACGGCUUUGGACGCCGAGAAAGCAAAGGAGAAGGCGUUGCGAGAAGGUGUCGAGAUGCCCACAGAGGAUGCUUUCGAUAGCAAUUGCAUCACCCCGGGGACGGAUUUCAUGGCCAAGCUGACACGACAACUCAAAUAUUUCAUCAACAAAAAGAUUUCAGAGGACAUUGACUGGCAGGGCGUUGAGAUUGUGCUUUCAGGGCACGAAGUACCUGGGGAAGGAGAGCACAAAAUUAUGGAAUAUAUCAGACUUGCGAAAGCUCAGCCAGAGUAUGAUGCUAACAUCAGACAUUGUCUUUAUGGCCUUGACGCGGACCUUAUCAUGUUGGGCCUGCUCAGCCACGACCCUCAUUUUUGCUUGCUGCGAGAGGAGGUCACUUUCGGUCGAGCGACCCAGAAGAAAUCCAAGGAACUGGAGCAUCAGAAUUUCUACUUGAUGCACCUGUGCAUUGUCAGAGAGUAUUUGGAGUUGGAGUUUCAGGAGCUAAAGGAACCAUCUGUUCUGGAUAUCCCUUUUGACAUGGAACGAGUCAUAGACGACUUUAUCUUGAUGGCUUUCUUUGUUGGGAAUGACUUUCUGCCAAACCUUCCGAACCUGCAUAUUAACGAAGGGGCAUUGGCUCUCAUGUUCAAGGUGUAUAAAUCCGUCUUACCGAAAGCUGGUGGUUACAUCAAUGAACGCGGCGCUAUCAACAUGGCGCGGCUAGCACUUCUCUUGGAGGAACUUUCUCACGUAGAAUAUCGCUUUUUCGAAUCCGAGAGUGCUGAUGAAAGUUGGUUCAAAGGAAAACAAAUGGGAAAGGUGGAUGUCAUGGAGAAAGACGGGCGGAGGAACAAAAAAGCGCCUUUGUCGAUGUCUAGUCAUCAGAAGGACCUGUUCAAGCAAGUGAAGAAAUACGUCAGCAGUCGGUCCAAUGAUCCUUCCAUUCCAAAGGCUUCUUUCGAGUUCCCUCCAAACUUGAAUGCCAGAGAUAGGAAAUUUGUCCAAGAGCUGGCUGAAGAUUUCCAUUUGCAAUGGAAGAGCGUGGCAAAUGAUGAGGGUGAAAAACAUUUGCAGCUCGACUUUCCUAGCAAACUUCAAGGAGACGAAGAUGAUGAGGAUGUGGAAGAUGAGGAGGCAUCGAUCGCAUUGCUUCGUGUCAUCAAACGCUACGAUAAUGCUAAGGUAGUCGACAUCACGCCAGAAGAAGUGCAGGAGCAAGUGGACAAGAAGUACGAGGAGAAAUUUCAGACUUGGAAAGACAAAUAUUAUAAGAACAAGUUCGGAUGGGGCCGGGAAAACGACACAGAAAUGCGCAACUUGACAGAAAAUUACGUUCAGGGGUUGCAGUGGGUGCUAUUGUAUUACUACCGUGGAGUGGCAUCCUGGCCGUGGUAUUACGGGUACCAUUACUCUCCAAUGAUAUCGGAUGUCAAACUGGGCUUGAACGCAGACAUAAACUUUCAGCUAGGACAGCCGUUCAGACCAUAUCAGCAAUUGAUGGGCGUCUUACCUGACCGAAGCAAGACCAUUGUACCAACACCCUAUCACGAUCUUAUGACAAAUCCUAAAUCGCCCAUCAUCGAUUUUUAUCCUCGAGACUUUGAAUUGGACAUGAACGGCAAGAAGAUGGAAUGGGAGGCGGUAGUCAAAAUUCCUUUCAUCGAUGAGCGUCGAUUGUUGCCAGCAAUGAAAACCAAGGAACAUAUGCUAUCCCAAGCCGAAAAGGAUCGCAACGAAUUCGGAGUGUCGUUGAGAUUUUCCUACUCGGGAGAUGUUGAAUUUACCUAUCCUAGUUCUCUUGUUGGCAUAUUUCCCGAUAUAUCGAAUUGCCACUGUGUGGAGAACAUUUUCGAUCUACCAACGAUGGAAGGCUUGGAUUAUCAUGUCGGGUUAAUGCGUGGUGUCAAACUUGGGGAGUCUGCACUCGCUGGCUUUCCAAGCUUGAACACGCUACCCUUCGCGGGAAACCUUGAUUUCCAUGGUGUGAACAUCUUCCAACAAGACAGCAGAAACGAGAGUAUGGUCAUCGCCUUGCUGGAGCCGGAGCCGCGGACAAAGGUCGAAGCCGCAAAGUCUUUGCUUGGUCGUAAAGUCCAUAUUGGCUACCCUUUUCUAUCCGAAGCCAAAGUCAUCCGGGUCUCCGAUGAAUUGUUCAACUAUAGCAUGCCCGAGAAUGGUGCAGGUCAGCCAAUUGCGGUACCUCACGGCCCCCAAGAGAUCGAUAUGUGGCAUAGGAAAGCCGAGCGGAUCGAAUCUGUCUACAGCAAGAGAUUAGGAAUGAUGAUUGGGGGAAUCCAAUCACUCGUCCACGUCGACACUCUGAAAGGUUUAAAGAAGACUGAUGACGGGGCCACCGUCAAGGAGUACGCACACAUAGAAGGUAUAGAAACGGAUUAUGCUUCGCAAACCGUGGUAGAGGAAGUAGCCAGCGAAGACCCGCGUUUCUUGGAAAAGGCUGCACUCUCAAUAGAAGAAGAAUUUCCCAUAGGAUCAAGAGCUUUUUUCCUUGGGGAGUUCAAUUACGGCAGGCCUUUACAGGUUGUUGGCCACACAGCGAACAAAGCGGACCUGUGGGUCUCGACUGUGGCAGCAAAAGUCCCAGAGUUCGGCCGUCAGAUAGUGAAGGAUGCAGACCGUCACUCGCACUACACCCCUUCGUUCGCGGUUGCAAAAACUUUAGGCCUGAACCCUCUCGUCCUCAGCAAGAUUACCUCUUCUUUCCAAGUGGCUCUUGAUGAUAAUAGGGUCAAUCUGGGCCUGAAUCUGAAAUUUGAAGCGAAGAAACUAAAGGUGCUUGGGUACUCGCGAAAAACGUCCGGCUGGGAGUUCAGCGAGAAGGCAGUCCAGCUGAUACAACAAUACAUGAUCAAGUUCCCGGAAUUCAUCGCUGGAAUACAACGGAACUCGCAAGGCAACGUUUAUGACGCCACUGACUUCUACCCUCAAUCCGAAGCGAAGGAUAGGAUAAAGGCCAUACAGACUUGGCUCAAGGAGAUUGAAUCCAAAAGCUUUGAGAAAGUACCUCUGGACGCAGAGCAGCUGGACUCUGAAGCAGUCGGCAAGAUCGAGCAGGCUGCCGAUCAGGCCUUCCAGAUGGAUCCACCGGGAAAAGGUGUCAACAAGAAAAUCAAUGGCGCACCUAGGAACGCCCUAUUGAAACCCUCAGAUGCGGAGCAAAGACUGAGUCACCAGCGAUUCUCGCUUGGCGAUCGCGUAGUGUAUGUCCAAGAUUCAGGCCGAGUGCCGAUAGCAACACGCGGGACAGUCGUUGGGAAGACGCGGACCUCAAGGACUGUUCUUCUCGAUGUCGUCUUUGAUGUCACCUUUAUGAGUGGUACAUCCUUGGAAAACAGAUGCUCGCCGUUUCGAGGAUCUACCGUACCUAUUCAUACUGUAUUAAAUCUCACGGAUCGUCAGGUGGUCGCCGGAUCUCGUGCCGGCGAGCAAAAUCGGCCGCAAGCUCAAACGCAGCGGUUAACCGUAAAUGUAUACGGAGCGCCCCUUGGACCAAACGGUCGAGGGCAACUAGUUCCAGCACAGGUGCCAGGACCUCUUCGAGGAUCUUUCCGAGGAGCCGUGGCUGGACAGUCGAAUGGAUUUCGUGGUGGAGCCCCGAGGGGUCGAGGUGGUCCCGGCCGUAUCGAUGGGCAGGAUGGGCAACAGCAAACACUUCCAAUACGCAAUCAACCGUCCGCGCAAUUUAAUGGCUCUCGUGGAAGAGGUGGACAGCCAAAUAGCACGAGUGGCGGUCCUAACUCUCAGCAAAUCAACCGAAACGUUUAUGCAAGGCUGGACGGCGCCGAGGCUGACAAUGCUGUGGCUCAAACCAAUUCAGCCUUCCAGUCACGAUCAUAUGCAAAUACGCCACCCCCAGCAAGUCUAGAUAGCAGAGGAGGUGGUAGAGGAGGACGAGGCGUGGUCAGGGGCGGUCCUCAUCGUGGAAUCCUUCCAAGAGGAAGAGGAGCGCUACGAAGUAAAGCGACUGUGGUAGUACAGCAGCAGUAA